UUCUUCUUCUGUUGCAGCGGUGCAGUCCUCCUAUAAAAGGGAGUCAUGAAAGUGCAACAGUUAGGUACUAGGGAGCCCUACUCGGCUCUUUGCUGCAAGCGGCCUCGUCCGCUUAUGCCUAAGCUCUCUGUCUCAAGCUCCGGCCUGAACCAUGCCGAAAAUCAGCCGCCCGCCGCUCCCCCUCCGACGGUGGUUGAGGUGCACUCCGGAGGAACCAGGUGGAACCCCACGAGGGAGCAGAUCGGGAUACUGGAGAUGCUGUACAGGGGAGGGAUGAGGACUCCGAACGCUCACCAAAUCGAGAGCAUCACAGCGCAGCUCGGCAGGUACGGGAAGAUCGAAGGGAAGAACGUCUUCUACUGGUUUCAGAACCACAAGGCGCGGGAGAGGCAGCGGCAGAAGCGGUGCAGCGUGGGGCUGAGCCUCUCGACUGGCUCGCCCCAAAGAGACUCCCUAACGCCGGAUUCCGCCAAAAAAUACCGCGGCUCUUUGGCCGGGAGGCCGCCCUUCGUCGACGGUGACGGUGCUGGUCGGAAGCAGGGAGAAGACAAGAAGCUCGAAGAGUACUCUUCAUACAACAAAAGGAAGUGGAGAAGUUGGGGCGACCAAAUCCUGGAGAUAGAGAGCAGAGCCUUUGGUGGGCAAAAGCAAGACAAGACACUUGAGCUUUUUCCUUUACACCCUGAAGCUAAUAGAUGAUUUUGUUUUUCUUUUUCUUUCCCAGUUUCGUCUCUCCUCUUCUUCCCACCAAAACUGCAUUCCUGCACUGUUUAACAGCACAAAAACCAAUGAAAUCAAAAGUAAGAUGGUGGGUCUUUGACUUCCCAAAUGUGAAGGGAGACGGUGAGUGUUCUUUCUGUAGGCGAGAAACAAGGGGUAAGCAGUAAACCCAGGAUCAAAGUGC